UUGCUUAAAUUUAAAAUGACGAAUAACAUCGUUAAAGUCUUACAGCGCUCCCAGUUAAGUCACAGCCAAGCGGAUGUGAAGCAUUUUAUCUAUAUACACAGCAAGUGGUUAGAAAAUGUGACUGAGCUGGAAUUAUUGCUCACAACGAGUAAUAACAGUUAUAGAGCGACUUUGAAGCAUGAUGAAAUUAAGAGCGCUGCGGAAGAACUGGAGCAACCCUAUGACGAGUUCUUUGCGGAAUGUAAAAAGGCUCUUGUAACACAAUUGGGUCUGCCUGGAUUCGACUACGAAUUGGAUGAGCAGCAGCCCUGCUUUAAGCUCUUCAAGUGCACUGGCUAUGAGACUCUUUACAUAGAUCUGCCUCUGCGGAAGGCAUCAAAUUGCUAUCAAAUGCUAGAUGCAGCCAUUGAAAGUGCACAACGAGCACCUGCUGCCCAAGCCUCUACUACUGGUGAAACUAGUGAGCAGUACAACGAACUGCGCACACAAUACGAUCAGUAUAUUAAGGACACCAAAUUAUACAAAAAGAAACUGCUUCAGAAAUUCAUAUUGCUAAUGAAUAGUAAGAAGGAGCGGAUUGAGGAACUGGAGCGAAAGCUGGAGCAAUGCAAUAAUGUUACAGCUAAUGCAGACACCAUUGAAGAGCCUGACCAAAUUGAAGACGAUGAUGACGAUGACUACGGUGGUGAGACGCAAGUCAUGUCCCAAAGGGAACUCAUGCACGAGCGACAAAAAAAAGCCCAAAACAAAGAGUAAGCUAAGCAUUCCAUAGAAAGUCCAACAAAUAAUAUCACCUAUGGUAUUGUAUU